CACCCAAAGGGUAUCUAAAAAUAAGCAGUUUGGUAACCAUGAUCAAAUCCUUUAAAAUCUCCGUAGUCCUCCUCUUUCUCUCCAUCCUCUGCUUGCUUAGCCUCAGAACCAAAUCAACCCCAACUUACCUUUUCAUUCAGUGCCUAAACACAACAACUUACACUCCAAACAGCACAUACCAAACCAACCUCAACACCCUCUUCUCUUCCCUCUCCUCCAAUUCCACCUCCAUCAAUGGCUUCUCCAACUCCACCGCCGGCCUUAACCCCCCCGAAAUAGCCUACGGCCUCUUCCUCUGCCGCGGUGAUGUUUCCACCGACGUCUGUCAAGACUGCGUAACCACUGCUACUAAAGAAGUGGUCCAACGUUGUCCCAAGUCGAAGGUUGUCACAAUUUGGUACGAUGAGUGCAUGUUACGAUACUCAAACAAGAGUAUCUUCACUAUUCCCGAUCAGUCAUAUAGAGAAAUUUUGAGGAAUACACAGAACGUAACAAACAUAACCAGUUUCAGAGGAGUGUUGGGAGGUGUAAUGGAUGCUAUAGCCACAGGGGCUUCGAAUGGUGGAUCGGCUAAGAAGUUCGCGACAAGUCAAGCUAAUUUCUCAUCUCUUCAAACCUUGUAUGGAUUAGCUCAGUGCACACCGGACUUGAAUGGUAUGGAUUGCAAUAAAUGUCUUCGAGAUGGUAUCUCGAAUUUUCCGAGUUGCUGUGAUGGAAAUCUGGGAGCCAGAGUUUUGUUUCCGAGUUGUAAUGUUAGGUAUGAGUUUUACCCUUUUUACAACAUCACCGCCACUGCACUGCCGCCUUCAGCAGUCCUUCCUCCACCUUCAGUCCUUCCUCCACCUUCAGGUCCUUCAACCAGUAGAGGAAAGGGGGGAAUCUCAACGCAAGGACUUGUUGCCAUCCUUGUUCCCAUUGGCGUCUCUGUUUUGCUUUUCAUUGUAGGUUUUUGUUUCAUAACUAGAAAAUCAAAGAAGAAAUAUGAUGCCAUUGAAGAAGAUACAAUUGGAAGUGAUAUCCCCACAGAUGAGUCAUUGCAAUAUAAUUUGGGUACAGUUCAAGCUGCCACAAACAACUUCUCUGCUGAAAAUAAAAUUGGUGAAGGUGGAUUUGGUCUUGUCUACGAGGGAACACUUUCCAAUGGACAAGUGGUAGCUGUGAAGAGGCUAUCUCGAACCUCAGGGCAAGGAGCAGAAGAAUUCAAAAACGAGGUUGUAUUGGUAGCCAAGCUUCAGCACAGAAAUCUAGUGAGACUACUGGGAUACUGCUUGGAAGGAGAAGAAAAGAUACUCAUAUAUGAAUUUGUGCUUAACAAAAGCCUUGACUACUUUCUAUUUGAUUCACAAGAACAAGAGAAGUUGGAUUGGCUGAAACGUUACAAGAUUAUAGAAGGAAUAGCUCGAGGAAUACUUUAUCUUCAUGAAGAUUCCCGACUUAGAAUUAUACACCGUGAUCUCAAAGCUAGCAAUGUUCUAUUAGAUGGAGAUAUGAAUGCUAAAAUUUCAGAUUUUGGCAUGGCUAGGAUAUUCGGUGUGGAUCAAACUCAAGGAAAUACAAGUCGAGUUGUUGGAACAUAUGGUUAUAUGUCUCCAGAGUAUGCAAUGCAUGGACAAUUCUCUGUGAAGUCCGAUGUGUUUAGCUUCGGUGUCCUAGUUUUGGAGAUCAUUAGUGGCAAAAAGAACAAUACCUUUUACGAAUCAGGAAGUGCUGAGGACCUUCUUAGCUAUGCUUGGAAACUGUGGACAAAGGAAAGACCCUUGGACUUGAUGGAUUCAACUUUGGAAGGAUCUUACUCAAGAAGUGAAGUCAUUAGAUGCAUCCAUAUUGGCUUGUUGUGUGUCCAAGAAGAUCCGGAGGACAGACCUUCCAUGGCAACAGUAAUUCUGAUGUUAAGUAGUUACUCAAUUACUCUAUCAGUUCCCCAACAACCUGCAUUCUUUGCUCGUAGCAAAACAGAAAGUAUGCCAAAAUCCUUAGAUUCAGAUCAAUCUGCAAGCAAGUCAAUAUCAUGGUCUGUGAAUGAAGCAUCGAUUACUGAACUAGACCCAAGAUAAUGUGAGAAGUCAAGAUUGGAGGAUAGCUCUAUGGUGUGUGAGAUGAACCCAAAUGACAAUCUGCACUAUCCUUAAAGGUGGUGGUCCCUAAUGGUGCAAGUCCUGAGUAAUAGAUCCUGAACUUGACUUGGUCAACAAAGUUCAUAUUAGUACUUCAAAGAAAAUAAUUGGAUCGCUCCUGUUUUCAUCAAAAUAAUAGUUCAUUGUUCAUUUUCUUUUCUUGUGAGGCUUUGUUGUUUGUUGUGGAGGUUGAUUGGAAUGCUACUAGUAUCGCAAAAUUGGGAAUCAUAAGAUUAUGCUAUUUUGGCCGCAGCUACUUUUUUAGCCCAUAUUUGAGAUUGAUUUUUGUCUUUGAA